AUGGUAGCUCACAAGGCUGCAGCUGCAAAGCAGGCCGCAGCAAUCAAGGCAGCCGAAGCGAAGAGGAAUGCUGCAAAGAAGGCAGCUGAGAGAGCAGCCGAAGUGAAGAAGAUUGCCGCAGAGAAGGCAGCGGAGAAGGCAGCCGAAGCGAAAAGGAUUGCGGCGCAGGCGCAGAAGGAACCGGAGAAGGUCCAAAACCAAGGCGCCCUCCCGAGCAAGAGUGGCAAGAGCCCAGGAACGGUCAGAUACAUCGAUUCUGGCCCUGCUGCCGGCUGGCACGUGAAAGGCCGGGCGUAUCCAACUGCCAUCACCAUGUGGGUGUUGCCUCCGAAUGGUUCAGUGUGGCUCUCGCGGGUCCAAGCCCUGAAGGAGCUGGAGGGGUCAGAUCCGACAAUCAUCAAAGCCAUCGACAGAGUCAGGUGGCAGGUGCAGCAGGAGCUGAAGGGCCGCCCAGUCCCAGUCGCUGAGCCCGCCGCAGAGGGUGGCACCAGAAAGAAGCUGCGCCUGAGCUGGAGCGAGGAGAGCCACCGCAGCCGCUCUUCCUCCAGUUCCUCGGUACGUGUGCUGAGCUGA